CACGGCAGCUUCUCCCCUCUGAGCAGACGGUCUUUCUUUGGCUACCCAGGUGCAUGGGCCCGUGGGCAUUUCAGGCAGUGAUCCUCUCCUUGCCGGAUUGCCCAAAGGAGCCCCACUUACCUGUCCUUCUGUGUUAUUGCCAAGGGCAGGCAGGCGUCACAGCCACUGUCACAUCCUGUCACGUCCCAGGCUGGCGUGCCUCCUAGUUACUGCUCAGACGAGAAAGUCCCAGGAAGGGGAAGUCCCUUUGAUGGGCAGAGAAAACCCCUUUUUUUCUGGACCCUUGGGGCUCUGCCCUGUUGUCCAGGGUCUUUGGCCAGGGCUCCUCCUCUGCCUAGGCCAUGGAAAAGGAGAAAAGAGUGGUCUGACUUUCACGUAUAAACUGAAAUUAUUUUCGGAAACUCCCAGGCUCGAUCCUACAACAAGCAGAUGCGGCCGGCGAUUCUCGAUCACUGCUCCGGAAAUAAGUGGACGAACACUUCCCAUCACCCGGAGUAUUUGAUAGGAGAAGAGGCUCUGUACGUCAAUCCCCUGGACUGUUACAACAUCCACUGGCCUAUCCGCAGGGGCCAGUUAAACAUCCACCCCGGACCGGGGGGCUCCCUCACAGCCGUCCUGGCGGAUCUGGAAGCCAUAUGGUCCCAUGUCAUACAGAAAUAUCUGGAAAUCCCCUUGAAGGACCUAAAGUACUACAGGUGCAUCCUGCUGAUCCCCGACAUUUAUAACAAGCAGCACGUGAAGGAGAUGGUGAACAUGACCCUCAUGAAGAUGGGCUUCUCAGGCAUCGUGGUCCACCAGGAGUCGGUGUGCGCCACUUUCGGCAGUGGCUUGGGCAGCGCCUGCAUCGUGGAUGUGGGCGACCAGAAGACGAGCGUGUGCUGUGUGGAAGACGGCGUCUCCCAUCGCAACACCCGGCUUUGUCUCGCCUACGGGGGCUCCGACGUCUCCCGGUGUUUUUACUGGCUCAUGCAGCGCGCUGGCUUCCCCUACAGAGACUGCCAGCUCACCAACAAGAUGGACUGCCUCCUGCUGCAGCACCUCAAAGAGACCUUUUGUCACCUGGACCAGGAUAUCUCCGGCCUCCAGGACCACGAGUUUCAGAUUCGGCACCCGGACUCCCCGGCUUUGCUGUACCAGUUUCGGCUUGGAGACGAGAAGCUACAGGCACCGAUGGCUCUGUUUUACCCCGCGACCUUCGGCAUCGUUGGCCAGAAGAUGACGACGCUGCCCCAGAGAUCGCAGGGAGACCCCGAGGACCCUCAUGACGAGCAUUACCUGUUGGCCACGCAGAGCAAGCAGGAGCAGUCCUCCAAAGCGACGGCCGACCGCAAGUCCCUGGCCAAGCCCGGCGGCUUCGACAGCGACCUGCGCGGCCCGGCUUCGGACCUGCCCGAGAGGCUGCACCCGCAGGAAGUGGAGCUGGGGCCCACCCAGAGCGACUGCCUGAUGGCGGGCAACGAGAACGAGGAGGCGCCCACGGCCCUGAUGUCCAGGAAGAGCGCCGCCUCCCAGUUCGAGGGGAAGGCGCUGGGCCUGGACAAGGCCAUCCUGCACAGCAUCGACUGCUGCGCCUCAGACGAUACCAAGAAGAAGAUGUACAGCUCCAUCCUGGUGGUGGGGGGCGGCCUGAUGUUCCACAAAGCCCAGGAGUUCCUGCAGCACCGGAUCCUCAACAAGAUGCCGCCCUCCUUCAGGAGGGUCGUGGAGAACGUUGACGUCAUCACCAGGCCAAAGGACAUGGACCCGCGCCUGAUCGCGUGGAAGGGCGGGGCCGUGCUGGCCUGUCUGGACACCACACAGGAGCUGUGGGUCUACCAGCGGGAAUGGCAGCGCUUCGGGGUCCGCAUGCUGCGCGAGCGAGCCGCCUUCGUGUGGUGAGCCCCGCGGGGGCCCUGCCGUCUGGGAGACUCGGGCCUGGCUUAUUUUCCUGAUUUAUUGGACCUUGUAUCAGGGUUUUGUUGACAUCUGGCUCUCCGUGGAGGACGCGGCAAUGUCGAUUUUAGAUGCAGCUUGUACGUAUGACCCAGUACUUUGGAAUAAACUGUGGGUUUUGUCAACUGUCUCGCGCCAUUCUUUGCCACACUUUAAUAACAGAAAUCCAGAACCAUUGCCCUGAGUCCUUCACUUAGGGGGGAUCUAGACUAGUCCCCAAGCGGCAGCUCCAGGAGGGGAGCAGUGCUCAGACUGGCCCCAGCCUCCCCUCCAUGACUCACUGGGCAGGGCCCGCUUGAGCCUCCGUUGCCAUUCUCAUUUCCCACUUCCUUUUGUAGACCGGUUUUCAUUAACUGCACAUGGCUCUCGUGGGCUUCGGGGAUGCUCCUUUCCAUCCAUUCACUCUCAAGGAAGGCCAGCCCCUUCAUGCGGGGCCCAGGUGGGGGGCCCGGAGUGCUAAGGUCAAAGAGAAGAGGAGCCGGCCUAAGAGCUGUGUCCAGUGCGCUGUCCCGGCCUCGGGGGAGGUGCAGGAGCCCGAGCUCCGGGAGGUCGUCUGGGCCUUGAGGGAAACCCCUCCCCCCCCCCAAGGGUGCCAUCCAAGGACAAAGCCCCCAGAAAAGCCCUGAGCCAAGAGGCCUGAGGAAGAACGGUCAGAAUGGCUGGGGGGGAGGGGCACCAUGUGGCUACAGCCCCAAGGUUCUGUGACCAACAAAAAAACGCUGGUUUUCGUUGUGCCCCACAGUGAGUUGGGUAUACAGUGAGCACUUAAUAAAUGUUUUCUGCAUUUACAAGUAAGAUUGACACAGGUGACCCGUUGACAUUCUUGUGAAUGAGCUGAAGAAGCUGCUGCCCAUGGCGGGCAACGACCCAGAACCCUUGGGAGUAGCCGUGAAGAAGCGGGGUUCGGACUAUGACAAAGAACCUCGUCUGUCCCCUUGUGCUCCUAGCAGAGGCGCCUGCCCGACCUUACCCACAGCCUAGGCUCCGACGCCGAUCCUCUGGGGUCCGGAGACCUAAAGACCAGCAGGAUCUUGCAAACCAGCAGCGUAUUAAUGUCCAGUGACUUCCACGUGGUGGAAAUAACAUCCAUCAGUCAGCAGAUAUGACCUUGGCCUCUGGUCCAGCCGCCAGGCAAAGUGCUGGGGGUACAGAGAUGCCCACCCCCUCGGACCUACCCCUCCGGGGCCUAAUGAGGGAGACCACAAGCCGCUGUAGACUGAAAAGGAUGGAGAUGGUCCUGAGGGGGAGGUGCCAGAAUCAGGAGAGAUUGGGAGACGUUCUUAGGUCUCCUUUUCUGAGUUUGCCUCUGGAGCUCUUUGGACAAACAAAGCAAGUCCAGCUACAUCUGCAGCCUGGUUUCUUUCCCCUUAAAAUUAAGUGUUUUAUUUAAUUUCAAAAUGAAUUUUAAGAGAAAACUUUUUAUUGAUGACUUUUAAAAACAUGUUCUUCAUUCCUGAAGGUUCCCAGAGACCCAAAUAUAAGGAGUCAAGAAAGAUGAAAGAGCUCGGCAAAUCUAAUCAGCCCCUCGCUUGGACAGGAAACUGCGGCCCGUCUGGGUUUGGCCAUUGUCACGCCUUCUGUUGCUCUGGGUUGUUUCCCCCUGGUUCACCUUCCUCCCUUCUGCAUCUCUCCAGGUGAUUCUUUUGGGCCCUCAGGUGUGGUCCUGCUUGACCACCUUAUGGGCUCCCACUGACUCGGCCAUUCCCUGAUCCUUGGGUGGCGACGCUGGUGCCACUUUUGUGCUGCCGCCGGCAGCGCGGCCAUGAAUCUUUGCACGUGAUCAGGACUUUGAGUCUGACUGUUUGCUGGGCAACGGGACACAUUAGCCAUCUGCUAGCAUCCUCCCCAGCUGCUCUUCAGAAAGGUUGACCUAAUUUAAAGUUAAUAGUUGCCAGUUUUUU